AUGCAUAUCUGGCUAAAUGGAGGCUCUGAGCGGCAAAGGAUUCCCAAGCUCCCGGGUCCACGCGUACACGCAUCGAGCAUCCUUCCAUCGCCGCUUGGUGCACACCCCACGUCCAACAGCGAAUCGCCCCAAAUGCCACUUCAGAUCGAAAUGGGCGCCUGUGUGGAUGACAAGCCGAGGCUAACGACCGAUCACUCGGAUCUAGUAUGGCCUAAAACAUGGGAUUUCCUUGAGAUGAGUCCGGGAUGGUGUCUUGAUGGCAGGCCUUUGAAACAACAAUUGAGAUCAAGAACCACAGAUACGGGCCCUCAACAGUUCUGGAAGCGACUGCGGUGGUGGUAUGAUCCUCUUGGUCGGCGAGGAAGAAGGAUGCCCCCCUGGGAUUUCAGCAUCACUGCUAAAACGCCCUAA